AUGAGCUUUGCGGGGUAUGAUGAGGGCGACGCUUGGGGCGCUCCCCCACCCGUUACAUCCGGAGACAUUGUAGCAGAUGCGAUGCGCAAGGAGAAGAUCAUCAAAGAAAUCCAAGCUGCUCAGCAAGAUCUGAAGGUCAUGCUUGAACGAGUCAAGAACGCGGAUAAAGAUGUCGAUAAGCUCACAGGCGGCAAUGCAACUUUGCAGAUGUACAUUGACAACCUCACUCGCCAAAUUGCUAAACGAUGA